AUGGCCAUAGCCAUAUUCUUGUGCACUUUUCUGCUAAUUUCUCCGGCAACACUUUCCAUUUCUGAAUCGGAAGCUCUCCUAAAAUUUAAAAAAUCCGUCGUGGAUUCAUCCCCUCUGCAUUCAUGGAAACCCGGGACGGAGCCGUGCGCACCGAACGUGCAUUGGAUCGGCAUAAUCUGCGUGAACGGGUUGGUUUCGAGCCUCCGGCUGAAGAACCUGGGGCUGUCCGGGAAGAUUGAUAUCGAGUCGCUGUCCUCGCUCUCGACCCUGAGAAGCGUUGGCUUCGUCUCGAAUUCUUUCUCCGGCCCUAUCCCGAGUUUCAAUCGCAUGGUGCUGCUCAAGGGAUUGUACCUCUCGAAGAACAAGUUUUCAGGGGAGAUUGCAGCUGACUAUUUCGAGCCUAUGGCCGGCCUCAAGAAGGUUUGGUUGUCGGGAAACAACUUCUCGGGCCGGAUUCCUGCCUCAUUGUUCCAGCUGGCUCAUUUGGCCGAGCUGCGCCUGGAUAACAACCAGUUUUCCGGGACCAUUCCCCCGCCUGAGCUGCCAGCUCUCGUGUUCUUGGACGUCUCCAAUAAUAGCUUGGAAGGGGAGAUCCCCGGGGGCCUGAUGAGAUUCGGGACGAAUGCAUUCCAGGGUAAUGUGGGGCUUUCUGCUCCUAAUGAGGGGCCUUUUGAUACUGAUGUGGGGCUUUAUGGGACAUCCUCGCGGCCCAGGAUGAGUCGUAUGCACAUGUCCUUCUUCAUGUGGUUCUUGGUGGCUGCGGCGAUGUUGUUCUUGGUGAUGGUGGUUGGUAUCUUCGCGAUGAAGAGGAGGCAGGAGACAGGUGAUGGUAUAGAUGAAUGCUCUAGUUUCCAAAUAUCGAGUGCUAGGAGGACCGAUGGGGUGGCCCGUGGGGAGGGGUUGGCCUCGGGCUCCGCCACGUCCCACAAGGAGCCGAGGAAAUAUGGGAAGGGGAUGGAGAUAGUGAUGAUGAAUGAGGAGAAGGGUGGGUUCUCGAUGCAGGAUCUCAUGAAAUCCUCGGCCCAAGUGCUGUCGACCGGGGCCACCAGCUCGUCCUACAAGGCCAUGAUGCCCACCGGGAUGACCGUCGUGGUCAAGAGGAUCAAAGAGAACGCUAAGAUCGGGAAGGAACAGUUUGAUGAUGAAAUGAGAAGACUUGGCUGUUUGAAGCAUCCAAAUGUGUGCUCACUCUUGGCCUAUCACUUUCGCACUAAUGAGAAGCUUUUGGUGUGUGAGUAUAAACCUAAAGCCAGUCUGCUAUAUCAAUUGCAACUACACGGUACAGCCGCCAACUCCGACCUGGACUGGACAACAAGACUCAGGAUACUUCAAGGCAUUGCCAGGGGUCUGGCUUACCUUCACACCGAGCUCUCCUCCCUCGACCUCCCACACGGUAAUCUCAAAUCCAACAAUGUGCUUCUAACCGAACAAUACGAGCCUCAACUCUCAGACUACGGGCUAUGCCUAGUGAUUAGCCGCAGCCUUGCUUCACAAACACUAGCAGCAUACAAGGCUCCAGAAGCAAUUCUGGAUCACCACAUUUCACCAAAAUGCGACAUCUAUUGCCUAGGAAUCAUCAUUCUUGAACUUCUUACUGGGAAAUUCACUUCUCAGUUUGUCAACGACGGAGAAGGUGGGGUCGAUGUAGUCCAACUGGCGAGAUCAGCCACUGCAGAUGAUAAAGAGGACCAACUAUUUGAUCCGCACCUGGAACAGACCGAAAAGUCCAAACAUGAGAUGAAGCAGCUUCUCCACGUCGGUGUAGCAUGCACCGAGAACAGACCCGAGCAGCGUUUGAACAUGGCAGAGGUCCUUAGGCGGAUAGAAGGGAUAACAGUGGAGGGUCAAUCCCAUGACCAGACGACCAUCCACGUCGGAGAACAAUCCUCGAGGGAGCUGGUGUGA